CUGCUCGCCUCCCCGUCGCCAUUUUGGCUCAAGCGCCGCGCGGCGCGCCCCGGGGGGUGGCUUCGGGGUCUGGCGCCGCCGCGGAUGGUCGAGAGCAGGGCGCCAGGCGCCUGCGACGCGGUGUUGCGCGACGAUGGAGCGCCAGAUGAGCUCGAGCAGCGAUGAGAGCUCCGGGAUGCCAGACAGUCUGCACGGUGCCAGCCCCUUUCCGCGCCUGCCGCAGGGAGCACACCAGGAACUACAGGAGGCCCAGCAGGCGCUUGCCCAGCCUGGACCCAUACACUUCUGCGCGCGACAGCCUGGGCAGCUCGAACGGCUCCACCCUGGUCGACAGGCGGCGCUGCGCGACGGUCCAGGGGCCGAUGCCCGAGUACGACCCGGAGGAGGGGAAGCCUUUCGACGACCCACACUCGCGAGGCGUGCCUGCGUGCCCGGACUCGGUGCAGAGUUUCUCGAACAAGGCAGCUGAGCACUACCUCUCGGCGUGCGGGCGCUACUCGCUGACGCCGAACGGUGGCUCCCUGCUGUGCCUCUCGAUGGGGCUUGCGAUGUUGGAGGCCGACGACACGCUGACCAAUCUGGCCUUGGUGCCCCUGUGCGCCGCCCUGCUGGACGCGCCGUUCGUGAGGCACCUGAAGCUGUCGGGCCACCCCGUGAACGACACCGGGGCUGCCGUGCUCUCGCUGGUGCUGCCAGGCUGCCCCUGGAUCAAGGAGCUGGAGCUGGAGCGCUGCGGCAUCAGCGGCGUGGGCCUCCAGUCACUGUGCGAGGCGAUCCCGAAGUCGGGCGUCAGGCGGUUGGUUCUCCGAAGGAACCUGCUGCGGCAGAGCGCCAAGGAGGCAAACGCCGCCCUGGCGCACGUCGUGCUGGCGGCAAAGCGUCUGCAGAUCCUAGACUUGCAGAGCUGUGGCCUCCAGUCAGCCGGCAUGCGAGAGAUAAAGAAAGCCGUGGCGACGCGGGAGGACAAAGGCCUGCCGCCGAUCGGCGUUGCGUUUGAGGGCAAUUUUGUCCUUGUGGAGGUUAUGAAUUCGCUGACGCACGGCGCCUGUGCGCUGGUCUGCUUGGAGGCGUGGCGCCGGCUACACGGGCUCAUCGUGCAGGUGUGCCAGACUGAGUCUGUAUUCGCUCUAACGUUCUAUAUUGUGUCGAUGUUGUUGAUGUUCACAGGUUCGACAUUGUAUCAUUCCACAUUUUCUUUAACGAAUCUGACAUGGUUCUUUAUGAUAAUUGAUCACUGCGCCAUUUAUUUCUUGAUCGCCGGCACAUAUACCGCAGUGCUCGUUAUGGGUUGCCGCGACGAAACGACGAUUGAGGUCACGUGGGGCGCCCAUAUCCACGUUGUAGUUUAUUGGGCUUGUGUCGCCAUCGGCGUCGUAAUGGAACACAUCCAUUCCCCAGUGAAGACCGCCUGGUACACGAGGUGGAAGUUCUUGCUUCUCAUGUACGUGGCGCUCGGCUUCGGCGGGGUGCCCUACAUAUCAUCAUGCAGCCUCGUGAUAAAAGCUGGCGUCAUGCCGUUGCUGGAAGUUGGUGGACUAACGUACGUUGUCGGCAUCGUCUUCUUUCUGCUUGACAAGAAGUAUCCUUCGAUGCACGUCAUUUGGCAUGUCUUUGUGGGCGCGGCGGCGUUCGUACAUUUUGCGGCCGUUUGGCAGCUCACCCAGGCAGUAAUAACGCUGACAAGCGGCCACCAUUCUUGCCAAAAGAUGCGGGAUGAUCCGUUGUCUGGUCUAGCAAAUUUAAUUUCGUAGCACGCAGGAUUUGCGCAGGCGGGGGACCAGCUGGGGACGACAACGACAGCAUACUCUUUGCGCACGGAAUGUGCCAUGCUCAGGAUUUUGGCGACCUCAGGUGCCUUGACAUGGUCGAACUUUCGGGUGCCAUCUGGCGAUGAUGUCUUGCACGCGUGGGGUUCUAAUGUUGGUGCAGGUGUCAGUUGCCCUCGCCCUGCUCGUCUGCCGAUUUGCGAGCAGAGGGCGUUCCCAAGAGACUUGUGGCGGUAUUUUGGCCAUCGGAGCUGUCUGGGCUGGAGGCUUGAUGCCCAGCGCUCUCCGUCGUGGGAGACUCGGAACUCAGACCGAUGCGGUUUCGCGCGGCCUUUUUUAAAAAAAGCACCCUGCUCGCCUCCAGAGGGUGCCCUCUGGCCUCUUGGGUCUCGACGGCUCUGCGAUGGGAAGCGCGACGCUCCCACGCCAAGACGUCG